CGGGCUGGGAGGAGGCUGACUUUAUAAGCCGGGGCCAGGGACCAGGGAGGCAUCAGCAGCCUGGACCCAAACACAGCUCUCCGAAGAAGCAAGAGACGCCAGAGAGAAAGCAGAGAUGACGGGCGCCUCCCCUCCGGUGGGCCGUCCGUGCCGGCUGCCCGUGGGCUCAGAGGAGGAAGAUGUCCUCCUGGACGAGUAUGACAGCUACAACCUGCACCAUCCUCACCUCCGAGGCUCGAAGGGGCGCACCAAGAGGGAAGCUGCCAUCCGCACCAACCGGCCCAGCCCCACUGGGCACGAGAGGAAGCUGGUGACCAAACUUCAGAACACAGAGCGGAAAAGGCGCGGGGCCCGGCCCUGAGCCUAAGCCGGAGACCAGGCCGGAUCACAGACAACGGCACCCACGGACCGGACCACCGAGGAAAGAGAACCGAGAAGAGGACGCAGGACCAUGCCUGCUUCUCCAUCCCAUGGCCAGGACUCACCCAAGCUGCCAAGACGCCAGACCCCUCCCCGCCCCCAGAGGAGCCGCCCGCAGCCCAGGGAAAGGGCAAGAUGGGGGCGUCAGAAGCAGGGGAGGAGAGGCCAGUCCUGAAGACACCCUGCAGAAGAAAGAGGAGGAAGAUAGGGGAGCUUCCCGGCCAGAGCCACAAUAAAGGAAGCAGAGCAAAGG